AUGCAAGCAAUCGGGAAGGCCUGCUUUGCCUCUACUUCGGAUCCGGUGGGCGUCAAAGGACCCCAACAAGUUGGCUUCGACCGUCUCCGCCUUUCCCUCCGUUUGCCGUUCGACAACAGCGGCGACAACAACAGCAACAACAGCAACAACAACAACAACAAUAUAGCAACAACAACAGCAGCAAAUACACUGUGGCUGAGGCCGCCAAAGAACUUCGCAGCCUCGUUCGUCCUCACCUUGCUUCAACAACGCCGCCGUUGCCAUCGCUCUAACCUCCCGAUCCCCCCUCUUGAGCUCCCACCCGCUGACCCCGCAGCGUUGUCCCCCAACUGUGUAGCUUCUGCUGCCUCCGCCCCCGGCCUGGAUCCCAACAAGAGUGUCUUUGCGGGCCUGAGGCAGUAUAAGACCUUAAUAUUUGAUGCGUGUUGGUAUGGUGCUGUGUUGGACUUGGACAAGAUGGAACGGCGCCCUUACGGUGGCUAA